AUGGGUAACUUUUUUUCAAAAAAGGAUUUCAUUUUUGAAAAAAAAGUAAGAGCUAUGGAAUCCAAUAUUAAUAAAUUGGAGACCAAAAUUUUAAGCUCAAAAAAUGAACACUAUAAUAAUAAUAAAAAAAACAUUUUUUAUUUUUUUAUUAUAGAAUUAUUAUUGGCAACUUUUUUAUAUGAAAAGUUUGCAUCAUCCGACUCUUUGUCUGAAAAGGCAAUGGGUUUAUAUUAUUCAUUAUUUACCACAAUAAUGAUCUAUUUAUUAAUUAAAUUAGAUAGAUUAUUUUUUGGAAUAUAUAUAAAAAAUAAUGAAAAUAAAUUAAUUAAAUUAUAUUCUGGUCUUGAAAAAUUGUUCGAGGAAAGGAAACUCGAAACUGAUUUUGAAAAGACCAAGAAUCUUUUGGAGGCAUAUGAAGUUUUUAAAAAAAAAAUUGAUAAUAGACCAAGUAAUUUAGUAGAUAUUAAAGAUAAUAUCAAUAGAGAAGUACAUAGAAGCGAUUACAAUGAAAAAAUUCCUGUUUCAAUUGUGGAAGAACAUCACAUUGGCCCAAGACUGUUAUGCAAGUUAUGA